UGUUUGCAUUGGCCUUUUAUUUCCUAUCAGGAUAAACAGGAGAGAGAGAGAGAGAGAGAGAGAGAGAGAGAGAGAGAGAGAGAGAGAGAGAGAGAGAGAGAGAGAGCAUUACCCAGCGUGACAGGAAUGCAGGAUAUUAAUAUUUCCUAGUUAUAUUCAUGCAGUACAUAUCUUUACUCGUGUCACAGUGCCAAACAUUUCCUCCUAUAGUAAACACGAGUGCCUGGAGGUAAAGUCUAGUUAGGUCCAUAACAUACCGGGUUCCCAUAACGACAAUUUUCCGAGGCUUUCGUAGGAGUUUGGAGGCAUUUUCAGAGGUAGAUUUACGGCCAUGGUGGUAGUUUGACCUUUUUUCUGUAUCAUGAGCCUCAAAACACACUCAUUGGAACCCAACUGAACUUCUUUUUGGCCUUGUGAAAAAAGUUUGUGUGGGACCUGAAAACUUCCUAAACAUACCGGGUUCCCAUAACGACAAUUUUCCGAGGCUUUCGUAGGAGUUUGGAGGCAUUUUCAGAGGUAGAUUUACGGCCAUGGUGGUAGUCUGACCUUUCUUCUGUAUCAUGAGCCUCGAAACACACUCAUUACAACCCGACUGAACUUCAUUUUGGUCUUGUGAAAAAAGUUUGUGUGAGACCUGAAAACUUCCUAACAUAUCGGGUUCCCAUAACGACAAUUUUCCGAGGCUUUCGUAGGAGUUUGGAGGCAUUUUCAGAGGUAGUUUUACGGCCAUGGUGGUAGUUUGACCUUUCUUCUGUAUCAUGAGCCUCAAAACACACUCAUUACAACCCAACUGAACUUCAUUUUGGCCUUGUGAAAAAAGUUUGUGUGAGACUUGAAAACUUCCUAACAUAUCAGGUUCCCAUAACGACAAUUUUCCAAGGCUUUCGUAGGAGUUGUGGAGGUAUUUCCAGAGGUAGCUUUACGGCCUUGGUGCAUGGUAGCUUGUGGCCACUGGAAAUAUGUGUUGUACUAAUCUUAAGUUUUAUGAGCCUAAUGGUAGUUUUACAAAGCCAACAGUCAUGAGAAUCCGACUAGACUAAUCUCCGCUGUGACCUUUGAAAAUAUGUGUUGUUGUGAGUGUUGUCAAGACCUGAGAAUACCAAUCUUAAGUUUUAUGAACCUGAUGGUAGUUUUACGAAGCCCAUAUGAGAACCCAUCUAGACUAAUCUCCUCUGUGACCUUUGAAAAUAUAUGUUGUAGACCCGAAAGCAUUUGAGAACAUCGACCUACUAAGUUUUUAUCUAUGUGGCCUCGCGUGGCAGCUGUUGCGUGGUUCAUCGGGUCAUCGGCUCCAGUUGCGUGUGUGUGUGUGUGUGGUGUAUCGAGGCUUGUGGCUGUUGGAGUAUACUUUCAUUGUCCACAGCCUCACAGCGUUCAUAAUGUCGAGAGGGCGUUGGCAGGUGUGUGAUGUGUGUGUGUGUGUGUGUGUGUGUGUGUGAGAGAGAGAGAGAGAGAGAGAGAGAGAGAGAGAGAGAGAGAGAGAGAGAGAGAGAGAGACUAAGUUUCUGUCUCUUGAUAAUGUUUUUUUCCUUGUGUCGUUGAAUAUUAAGACGCAAAAAACAACAAAAACAACAACAAUAAAUAAACAAAAACGUUCUUGGCGGUGAUGGUGGUGGUGGUCGCAAACGUUUCAUCUUUCCCCGACACCAUCACUACGUUUUUCUGUCUUCAUAACCUUUUUUCCUUGCCUCGUCGAAGAUUAAGACGCAAAAAACAACAAAAACAACAACAAUAAAUAAACAAAAACGUUCUUGGUGGUGGUGGUGGUGGUCGCAAACGUUCCAUCUUUCCCCGACACCAUUACCACGUUUUUCUGUCUUCAUAACGUUUUUUCCUUGCCUCGUCGAACAUUAAGACGCAAAAAAACAACAAAAAACAACGACAAUAAUUAAAAAACGUUCUUGGUGAUGGUGGUGGUCGCAAACGUUCCAUCUUUCCCCGACACCAUUACCACGUUUUUCUGCCUUCAUAACGUUUUUUCCUUGCCUCGUCGAACGUUAAGACGCAAAAAACAACAAAAAACAACAACAAUAAUUAAAAAACGUUCUUGGUGGUGAUGGUGGUGGUCGCAAACGUUCAAUCUCCCACACCACAACCUCACUAUAUAAGCCUCCACGCGCAAUCUCUUUCAUAACGUUUUCUUUCCUUAUCUCGAGACUUAGGAUGUAAAAAAAAUAUAAAUAAGAAUGUGAUAUCGUCAUUGCUGGAGGUGGUGGUAGUGGUGAUGGUGGUGGUGGUAGUGGUGAUGGUAGUGGUGGUGGUGGUAGUGGUGAUGGUGAUGGCAGUGGUGGUGGUUUCAUUAAAGGAGGUUCAAGGGGUCUCAUCUCCCUCAAAACAGCAUCAUAUUAUAAGCAUCCACUCGCAGUCUCCUUCUCCUCAAACGCCUUUCUUUCUGUAUCCCUAUUUUUAUCCUCCAUUCUCAAGUGCGGUAAUAAGCAACGAGGUGAGAGUCGUGGUAGUGAUGGUGAUGGUGGUGGUCGUAAACUUUUAUUCUCCCUCAAAACAGCAUCAUAUUAUAAGCAUCAACUCGCAGUCUCCUUCUCCUCAAACGCCUUUCUUUCUGUAUCCCUAUUUUUAUCCUCCUUUCUCAAGUGUGGUAAUAAGCAACGAGGUGAGAGUCGUGGUGGUGGUGGUGGUGAUAGUGGUACUCGUAAACGUUUAUUCUCCCUCAAAACAGCAUCAUAUUAUAAGCAUCAACUCGCAGCCUCCUUCUCCUCAAACGCCUUUCUUUCUGUAUCCCUAUUUUUAUCCUCCUUUCUCAAGUGCGGUAAUAAGCAACGAGGUGAGAGUCGUGGUGGUGGUGGUGGUGGUUUCAUUAAAGGAGGUUCAAGGGGUUUCAUCUCCCUCAAAACAGCAUCAUAUUAUAAGCAUCAACUCGCAGCCUCCUUCUCCUCAAACGCCUUUCUUUCUGUAUCCCUAUUUUUAUCCUCCUUUCUCAAGUGUAGUAAUGAAUAACGAGAUGAGAUGGUUGUUCUUUCAUCUCCCCGACGCAGCAUCACUUUAUCUCCCCCUCCCCUUCCCUCCCCCCCACAGCCUCUUCACAAUGGUUUAUGUUAUAUUAUUUUCCUGUCUCGAGUGUGAGGUUAAAGGGAGGAAGGGAGAGCGUGGUCUUAAACAGUGGUGGUGGUGGUUGUGGUGGUUAUGGUGAUGGUCUCAAUGGUUUAUGUUAUUGUUUUCUUUUCCUGUCCCGAGUGUGAGGUUAAGUUAGGUUAGGUUAGGUUAGGUUAAAGGGAGGGAGGGAGAGCGUGGCCUUAAACAGCGGAGGUGGUGGUGGUGGUGAUGCUGUCAAUGGCUUAUGUUAUUGUUUUCUUUUCCAGUCCUGAGUGUGAGGUUAAGUUAGGUUAGGUUAGGUUAGAGGAAGGAAGGAAGGGAGAGCGUGGUCUUAAACAGCGGAGGUGGUGGUGGUUGUGGUGAUGGUCUCAAUGGUUUAUGUUUUUAUUUUAUUUUCCUGUCCUGAGUGUGAGGUUAAGUUAGGUUAGGUUAGGUUAAAGGAAGGAAGGAAGGGAGAGCGUGGUCUUAAACAGUGGUGGUGGUGGUUAUGGUGAUGGUCUCAAUGGUUUAUGUUAUUAUUUUUUUCUGUCCUGAGUGUGAGGUUAAGUUAGGUUAGGUUAGGUUAGGUUAAAGGAAGGAAGGAAGGGAGAGCGUGGUCUUAAACAGUGGUGGUGGUGGUUGUGGUGGUUAUGGUGAUGGUCUCAAUGGUUUAUGUUAUUAUUUUUUUCUGUCCUGAGUGUGAGGUUAGGUUAGGUUAGGUUAGAGGAAGGAAGGAAGGGAGAGCGUGGUCUUAAACAGCGGAGGUGGUGGUGGUGGUGAUGCUGUCAAUGGCUUAUGUUAUUGUUUUCUUUUCCAGUCCCGAGUGUGAGGUUAAGUUAGGUUAGGUUAGGUUAGGUUAGGUUAGGUUAGGUUAGGUUAAAGGGAGGGAGGGAGAGCGUGGCCUUAAACAGCGGAGGUGGUGGUGGUGGUGAUGGUCUCAAUGGUUUAUGUUUUUAUUUUAUUUUCCUGUCCCGAGCGUGAGGUUAAAGGAAGGAAGGAAGAGCGUGGCCUUAAACAGUGGAGGUCGUUGUGGUGAUGCUCUCAUGGAUAUCAUUCUGAUCUCACCCUACCCAUCGACAGACCUCUUGACGUAAGCAUCUGUGGUCAGGCAGGCAAGCAUAUGAACAAAUGAACGCAAGGGGUCCGCAAAAAGCCCACUGGCCUAUACUUGGCAGCCCAUUAAAUUCCGUCUUAAGUAUCGGCAUAGCUAACCAGCCCUUUAUCUGCGUGGAGUGUAGCCUAAGAAUGAGAUAGCUUAUGCAUCUUCACGGUAGGUAGGCAGGUAGUUUUGUCUAAUCUAUCGGCUUAUUUUGCCAACCCUUAAUCUGCUUCGAGUGUAGGAUCAAGAUGACGGAGAUUAACUUAAGCAUCAACAGGUAGGCAGGCAGUUCAGUUUUACCUCUCUGCUUAACCUAGGAAUAGCCAGCAUUUCGAGUGUAGGAUCAGAAUGACGGAGAUUAACUUAAGCAUCAACAGGUAGGCAGGCAGUUCAGUUUUACCUCUCUGCUUAACCUAGGAAUAGCCAGCAUUUCGAGUGUAGGAUCAGAAUGACGGAGAUUAACUUAAGCAUCAACAGGUAGGCAGGCAGUUCAGUUUUACCUCUCUGCUUAACCUAGGAAUAGCCAGCAUUUCGAGUGUAGGAUCAGAAUGACGGAGAUCAACUUAAGCAUCCAUUCUGACGCAGGUAUUUCCGUGUUAUACUUAUCGGGUCCCCUUACCACCAUCUCAAGUGCGGGAUAACGAGGAAGAUAGAGAAGGGUCCGAUAGUGGUGUUAGCGAGCCACUCAACUUGCCGCCUUACUGAUAUGUAUUAAAAAUGAAGUAACGUCAAUGAGAGUGAUGAGAUAUGCAAUGGUGAUGCUUGGUAGUGUUUCAUCUUUCCCGGCGCUGCUACUAUGAGGGUUUAUAGAGAGUGGAAGAUGUGAAAAAUAUGUAUAAAGUUUGUUAAGGUUAUCUUAUGAUCUCGAGUGGGCCAGAUA